UCAAACGAGGUCUUCGGCGGUACGAGAAUCUGGAGAUUUUUGAGAUCCGCGCCUUGCCCGAAGACGUUGAGAAGACGCUUGUUGGUUACGACGUCAGUGCUGAGACCUUCAGCGCACGCCGUUAUAGCCUCACGAGCCCGGGCGGAGUUCGCUGAUCGCUCGCAAGGUGAAGCCUAUGACAUUGACACUAGAUUGUGCGGGUCCCGUGGGCAUACAGCUGGGCUUGGUGUGGAUUGUUUCACGCAUCGUGCCGCCUAAGUUAUAUUAUCCGUGUCUCAGUAGCCCGCUCAGGCCUGUAAUGGCCGUCGUACCUGUCCAGCGGUUAUACUUGCUGACGGCAACUCGCCUCACGAAGACCUGUUCGCUGAUGAGCGGUAUGAUUGUAACUCAAGGCUGUUUAUGAUUUAGUUGUUUCUAGAGCGGUCCUAUAGGCGAGAAAGCUUAUUGGGGCCAGUCCACGGAACGCACGUUCCUCACUGAACUGAAGGCUGGUAUCGACGAUGACUUCACUUGCGGAGAGACAUGGCCGCCUGCCACACGAGUGAGCGGCGGCCGGACACUCGUGAAACGGGCCCCGGCUCGUGCCAUGGGCGCUGAUUGCAUCUCCCCCGCCUCAGGUUGUGCCCGCCUUCGGGAUCGGUGUUUGGUAAGCUGCGCCUCCGCCGGAUCACGAUCGCGUAUUCGGCAAGCGAGCGAUCGUCGGCGAACAUGGCCGUAGACAGACGUAUAAAGGGACGCAUGGCCGACGCGUAAAUAUCCCAGCAACCCAUUCUCGAAUUUCCUGCUACGAACGCUCUGCCCCGCUCACUCGUUAUUUUACAACUAUGAAGGCCUUCUUCGUUCUUGCUUCCCUUGCCGCCUGCGCCUUGGCCCAGCGCCUGCACAUUCAGGAACCCACCGCGGGCCAGACAGUCUCCGGUAGUGGCACUAUUAUCGUCGAGCUCGAGCAGGACCAAUCCCUCGGCCCACUUGUGCAGACCUCGGUGCUCAUCGCCAUGAACAACUGCUUCGACGUCUGCAGCGAGCCCGACCAGUGGGGCCCGGCGACGGUGCUCUAUAAUGGGCCGUUCAACCCUCAGUUCAACUCGUCUGCGCCGGAGAAGGGACAUUACCAGGAUUUCGCCAUCCAGCUUCCAGGUUUCCAGUCUGGCGGGGCGAUCAUCCAGGUUGCACACCAGUUCCAGGAAGGCGGGGCGACGCUUAGCAAUGUCUUUGACUAUUCGACAGUUCAGGUGAAUGUCCAGUAAUUUCGUCUUUUACUGGACCUUCGGACGCGGACUUUCGCAUACUACCAAUAAGGUAGCCUGGUAAUACAAUUGUGAACACACACGUUAUAUAAUCUUCUUGAUCGUGGCCAUG